AUGGCGCCGGCUGCGUUGGGCCUACCUUGGUGCUGAGGUGGCCCCUGAGCCGCCGGCGCUCAGGGGAAGGCUCCCCGGGCACCGUGAGGUGUCGGUGCCGGUGCGGGAUGGAGCUGGGCCGGCUGGAGUACCUGCAGGCCCUGGUCACCGAGUUCCAGGCAACGGAGAGCGCAGAGGCCAAGGAGCAGGUGCUCGCCAACCUGGCCAACUUCGCCUACGACCCGCGGAACUACGAGUACCUGCGGCAGCUGCAGGUGCUGGACUUGUUCCUCGACAUGCUGGGCGAGAGCAGCGACACCCUCGUGGAGUUCGCCAUGGGGGGUCUGUGCAACCUGUGCCUGGAUAAAACGAACAAAGACUACAUCCUGGAGGCCAACGGGGUAGAGCCCAUCAUCAACUGCCUCUCCAGCGCCAACGAGGAGACCGUCAUGUCUGCGGUCACGACGCUCAUGUACCUGACGACGCCGCAGUCGCAGCAGCAGACCACGGCGCUGCCCGUGGUGGAGUGCAUGCUCCGCUUCUCCCUCUCGGCCAGCAGAAGGCUCAGCAACCUGGCCACCGUGUUCCUGCAGGAUUACUGCACCCCUCUGCAGGUGGAGGAGGCUCGGAGCCUGAGCAAACACACUGCUGUGGGCAUUCCUCUCCCCAAGGACUGAGCCUGGGUAGGCAGGACAGUGCAGAUCAUAGCAUCAGCCAGGCUGGAAAAGACCUUUCGGCUCAUCCAGUCCAACCAUUCCCCAGCACUGCCGAGGCCACCACUAACCCAUAGCACUGCAGGCCACAUCUGCAUGGUUGUUGAGGGUGAUUUCACCACUUUCUUGGGGGAAAAAGAGGGAGACCCCCCUCUGUUUUCCCAGGCCUCCACUUUCUGCUCAGCAGAAUUGUGUCAAGAACAUCAAAGAGGGAAACUGGUCGCAGCAGCACUGGAUUUAGUUACUAAAGAGGAGGGAUAGCACUGCUCUGACAGGGAGGCCAAGCACACAGCCAAAACUGAAAGCAAAUACUUAUAACAUCACAGAUCGUGGUCACUGGAGAGCAGGGUGCCACGUGCAGCCCAGCACCCAGCUGGCACAAAGAACCCUUCCCAGCAAUGAGCGGGGGUUAUGCUUGGGUUACUGGGCAGCUUAUAUCCCAGUCCGGUUCCUGCCUGUUGGGGCUGCAGCUCUCCGCUGUCAACUGUCUCAUAAAUGUCUCAUCAGCGUUAUUCCUCUUGCAGAAGAAAGGUGUGUCCCUGCCCUGGCAGUCUGCAGUCUUCGUGCAUCCCUUUGGUACUGACUGUACCAUCUGUCACAGUAGCACAGACUGGUAAAUCACUACACAGGACAGUGUGGAUCCUCUAAGUGGGGAAGUGAAAAGCUGGUUUUCUUUCAUUACCACUGGUGAGAAAGGAGAAGAUGAAAAGGAGGGCCCAUGGCAGCCCAGCUCAUGAGAGCAGCUCUCUUGUAAAACCUUCUCCUAAUAAAACAUCCACUUCAACGCUGUGUAAACAGUUUGGUAUAAGCUCAUAAAUACUUCUCUCCAGCACUUGCAACCCAGCCUUCACCCACGCUUACUCACACUCAUGGGCCAGAAAUGGAAGCCAGUUUUGUGUCCUUUCUUCAUCAGCCAGCACUGCAAAAGGUAACCCAAAAGCCAGGGUGGCUAAAUCCAUAACAUCAGCAGGGUUUGGCUCUUGCACAGUGUUCCCUGACAAGCACCCUCACUGUGUGUGCUCAAGUUUCAGAGCUUUACUUCCUCUUUUUUUCUUCCAUUCCCCCCCUCCAAUGGGCCCAAACCACACAGGACUGAGGUUAAAAACACACACACACAAAUACAACCCCCAGCUGCUUGUAUUUUAUCGUUUCACCAGCAGCAAACACCCCAAACUCAACAGACAUAACUGCAGAGCAAUCUUACAGACACGUGGAGCAGCAGCAGCUCUGCAGCACAUCUAACCAAAGGCAGCUCUUGUAACUGCUCCCCAAGUGGAUGAAGAUGCUCGCUGCCUCCUGGGA